CAGGACGGGAGUGCGGUGAGCUGAGAGGGGCCCCGGGGUCCAUUACAGUAAGUGGCCGCCGUGGGGACCGACCUGCUGUGGGACAUGACCGGAUGCCUCAGCAGGUUUAACCAUUUUCCGUAGCGAUUGGAAGUAUGACGCUGAUUAAAGGUUCCUUUACCUAUUCCAGCGGAGAGGAAUACCACGGAGAAUGGAAGGAAGGCCGAAGGCAUGGAAUGGGCCAGCUAUUAUUUGCUGAUGGGAGUAUCUACAUAGGCCAGUUUGAAAAUGGACUUUUCAGUGGUUAUGGAGUGCUGACCUUUCCAGAUGGAUCAAGGUACGAAGGCGAGUUUCUUCAAGGAAAAUUCCACGGUGCUGGUGUUUUUACCCGUUACGACAACAUGAAAUUUGAAGGAGAAUUUAAAGGUGGUCGGGUAGAGGGUUUUGGCAUGUUGACCUUUGCAGAUGGUUCCCAUGGCAUUCCAAGAAAUGAAGGCCUGUUUGAGAAUAAUAAACUGAUAAAGCAAGACAAAUGUCAAGCGCUGGUCCAGAGGGCACUUAGUGCAUCUAAGGCUGCUUGCUGUCUCGCAGGACACCCCAUGUGAAGAGAAAAUCUCAUUCUUUCCAGACAGCUAAGUCUAUUGUUGCAUCCUCUAAAGUGCACUCACUUGUUUAUUUUCUUGGCUUGUUUACACUGCUUGCUGGUUAAAGCAGAGCAAAAGAACUGCUGUUUCGCAAAAGUGUUUUAUGCUUUUAUUGUCUUCUAUCAUACAAUAUAUUCUGGUCAGAAAAACUAAGAAUUGGAACACUGAAGGUAUACCAGGAACCAAACCACUACUCUGUCUGUGGAACACAGUGCCUCGAAGGAAAUCGCUCUCUCAUCUGAAUUAAAAUCAUUUACAAAUUUACGCAAAUA